AUGUCGGCUGCACAGCUUCUCAAUCCGAAGGCCGAGUCGAGGCGGCGCGGGGAAGCUCUCCAAGUGAACAUCUCGGCCGGUGAGGGCCUGCAAAAGGUCUUAGCAUCCAACCUUGGACCCCGCGGUACUCUGAAGAUGCUUGUCGAUGGUGCAGGUGCCAUCAAGCUCACGAAAGAUGGCAGCGUUUUGCUCAAGGAAAUGCAAAUUCAAAACCCCACAGCUGUCAUGAUCGCGCGAGCAGCAACCGCACAGGACGAAAUCACAGGUGACGGGACCACGUCGGUCGUUCUGUUGGUUGGUGAACUGUUGAAGCAGGCGGAUCGAUAUAUUGCAGAGGGCCUUCAUCCGCGGGUGAUCACGGAUGGUUACGAAAUAGCGAAGACGGAAGCACUCAAGUUCCUGGACGAAUUCAAGCUGAACAAGGAGGUUGACCGAGAGCUACUUCUUUCGGUUGCUCGAACGUCAUUAGCCACAAAGCUGGACAGCACCCUCGCCGAACAAUUGACCCCGGAUAUCGUCGAUGCCGUUCUCGCCAUCUACCAAGCGCCGGCGAAGCCAGACCUGCACAUGGUUGAGAUCAUGACGAUGCAGCACAGGACUGCCGCUGACACACAGCUCAUUCGCGGCCUGGCGCUAGAUCACGGCGCAAGACAUCCAGACAUGCCCAAGCGUGUUGAGAAUGCUCACAUUCUGACACUCAACGUCAGCCUGGAGUAUGAGAAGUCUGAAAUCAACUCUGGGUUCUACUACUCCAGCGCAGAGCAGAGGGAGAAGCUCGUUGAGAGUGAGCGGCGGUUCGUAGACGAGAAGCUCAGGAAGAUCGUGGAACUCAAGAAAGAGGUUUGCGGGAACGACCCUAAGAAGGGCUUCGUGAUAAUAAACCAAAAGGGCAUAGAUCCGCUCAGUCUAGAUGUGUUGGUCAAGAACGGCAUCUUCGCGCUCCGGAGAGCCAAGAGGCGGAACAUGGAGCGUCUGCAGCUUGUCUGUGGAGGUAUUGCCCAGAACAGUGUCGACGACCUAACCCCAGAUGUGCUUGGUUGGGCAGGCUCCGUGUACGAGCACCAACUAGGCGAGGAGAAGUAUACUUUCGUUGAAGACGUGAAAGAGCCCAAGUCGGUCACAUUGCUUAUCAAAGGACCAAAUUCGCAUACAAUCACUCAGAUCAAAGACGCAGUUCGAGAUGGACUGAGGAGCGUAUACAACAUGAUCGUGGACAAGAGCGUCGUUCCGGGAGGAGGAGCCUUCCAGGUUGCUUGCGCAUCACAUCUAUUGAGCGAAAGUUUCAGGAAGACGGUCAAAGGAAAAGCCAAGUGGGGGGUCGCUGCAUUCGCCGAUGCAUUGCUUGUCAUUCCCAAGACUCUGGCAGCCAAUUCGGGUCAUGACAUCCAAGAUUCACUGGCUGCAUUGCAGGAUGAACAUGCCGACGGCAACGUUGUCGGUUUGAAUCUCGCCACCGGAGAGGCUAUGGAUCCCAUGCAAGAGGGCGUUUAUGAUUCAUUCCGAGUUCUCCGCAACGCCAUCGCAUCAAGUACCGGCAUCGCGUCCAAUUUGCUUUUGUGCGACGAGAUGCUCAAAGCACGACAAAUGGGACGGCAAACGGGGCCAGGCGGGGAGGAGUAA